AUGGCAAAUCCAUAUGAGGGCUUUUCGGAUUCAGAAUAUUUCAGAGCGAAAAAAUGCGAUGAUGAAUUAAAUAGGCAAGUAAGCAUAGCGGCAAACAACAACAAAAUGUGAGUGUUUUCGAAAAAAAAACCCUUGAUUGAUUGAAUUGAUUUUGCAGACUUUGGGAAGAAUUAACUCAAUUAGAUCCAUUGGUUAUUAAAAAAUUGUUCCAACGACAAAAAAAUGGAAGUAUGAAAUUCAGAGACCGUCUUCCGGAAAAAUAUGGGGAGAUUUGGAUGGCGGAUCAAUUGGUUGAUUUGGAUGUAAUGUAUGAACAACUUUUAGAGUUCAUUGAGAAUGUAAUGGAGACAUCAAACAAAGGGCUGAUUGAAGUUGAUGGUGCACAAUUGAAUAGUUCAGAAAGUGAUGAUCAAAAUAAUUCGGGGCUAGUUCUAAGACAGCCAGAAAAUGAUCGAGAAAUGAAUGAUGCACCGCAAAGUGGUGACAAGAAUAUUGAAGUAAGAGAUGUGAAUUUUUUGGGAUCAGCUAUCUUUUAUUUUUAUUGUCAAUUCGAAAAUCUAACAGACGCUGCUUUUCUUUUCAGAUUAACAAAAUUAAUUGUUUCUUAUUUUCGCGUUUUUUCGAUCAAAAACUAAUAUGAGCAAUUCUGUCAUAAAUCAUAACUAUUUGAUCAAAUCAUUGCUCAUAUUAGAUUUUCGCUCCGAAGAUUUUUUGGUCUUCUAAAUUCAAUAUAAGAUUUAAAUAUUUGCAGGAAGUUGACAUUUCUAGUGAUAAUGAAACUAUGAGAACUGGAGAAUCUGAAGAAUCGUCUUCAACAAGUUCACAAUCGCGUUUCGGAUUCGAUUGGGAAAAAUGGUUUCCACGUGUAACAUUGCGCACAUUUUUGUCGCAUUAUUUGCCAGCUUCUGGUGCCGUAUCUCAUACACUUUAUACAAUUCAUCUUUUCAGUCCAAACAUUAUUUCUCGGUUAGUUUUUGAGGGGAUUUUUGAGUGGCAGUGGAUGGCUGAUUAGGAUAGAAUUUCACAAGAAAGAUUCUUUUCCAUCAGAGAAAAUUGAGACAACUUUAGAAAUUCAAAACAAUCUAAAAAAUUAACAAUCGUUCUGAUCCAGAAAAAACAAAAGAAUACCUAAUUACUCCCCCUCCCUCUUUUUUUCCCCCAAAAAGAAACUUCAAUAAACCACUCUAAUUUUUAAUUGCAGUUUAUUCCCAACUGGCGGCGAUCUUGUUUUCAAAAAAUGCAAUCCUGUUAAAUGCCAACGUGGCUCUCGGUUCCUACGUAUAUUUCAGAAGACAUUUUCAUUGUAUCAAUCCGUGGGAAAGAGUCGAAUUCAGUGUUUUGUCAUCGACUCUUUUUAAUUGCGUUAGUUUGCCUGCUGCUAUUUUGUUCAAAACCAUUUUCCCGUGAGUUAUCGAGUUUUUAUUGAAGAAUAUAAACACAUUUUCAAAACGAACAUUCAUUUCAGAACACAAACUUGGCUCAAAACAAUGUUUGCAACAUCGCUCAGUUUCUAUCUUUUAUCAAGAGCUUAUCGUUAUUUGUGGUUUUUGGAUGCGGAAAGUUCAAGAUCUUCUGUUUCGCCAGUGUUAUGA